GGUGAUUCCCGGGACCAAGCAGAAGCAUUGAGUGGAUGCGCCUGCUGUGCCAUAUUCGACUGCGGUUAUUAAUCACACGAUGUAACCACUCUGCACUGCUGACCGUCUGUGCAGAGGUUGAAGUUGGGAUAAGCAUUCCGCAUCACUGGAGCCUAUAUAGGAUUGGCCCCAUGAAUUCCACAAUCUCUUGCCCUCGUCAGAGUCGUCGCCCUCGUCGCGCUCGCUGUCAUCUUUAGCUCUAGUUACACUGGUCCGUUUCAAUGGCGCCCUCCGUUCGGUCUGUGGUGCUCUGGCUUAUGCCUCUGGUCUCGGCCCAGGGAUGUCCCUACGCCGCCGCCAACAAGCGAGACAUCUUAGCCACCAGGUCAAAUGAGCCCUCUCUCGACACCCUCGCCCGCUCCUUCGGCAAGUGCCCGACGAUCAGCGACGCAGCCGGCGGCGGCACGAGAAGCCAUGACUGGUGGCCGUGCCAGCUAAAGCUCGACGUCCUUCGCCAGUUUUCUCCCGAACAGAACCCGCUCGGGGCCAACUUUAACUACGCCACUGCUUUCGCUACUCUUGACUACAAGGCACUCAAAGCGGACCUCAAGUCAUUAUUGACCCAGUCGCAGUUAUGGUGGCCAGCCGACUACGGCAACUAUGGUGGUCUGUUUAUCCGCUUGGCUUGGCAUAGCGCCGGCACCUAUCGCGCCAUCGAUGGACGUGGGGGUGGUGGCAUGGGCCAACAACGGUUUGCUCCUCUCAAUAGUUGGCCCGACAAUGGCAACCUCGACAAGGCACGGCGCCUUCUGUGGCCUAUCAAGCAAAAGUACGGUAAGGCUAUCUCAUGGGCUGACCUGAUGCUCCUGGCUGGCAACGUAGCUCUCGAGGGCAUGGGCUUCCCCGUCCUCGGCUUUGGUGCUGGCCGUGCCGACACGUGGCAGUCGGACGAGAGCGUCUACUGGGGCUCAGAGACUACCUUCGUGCCCGAGGGUAACGACAUUCGUUACGACGGUAGCACCGACUAUGCCGCACGCGCCAGUAAGCUGGAACAGCCGCUUGCUGCCACCCACAUGGGUCUCAUCUACGUCAACCCUCAGGGCCCCAAUGGCAACGGGGAUCCCAAGUUGUCGGCUCUAGACAUCCGGACUGCCUUUGGCCGCAUGGGCAUGAAUGACUCCGAGACUGUCGCCUUAAUUGCUGGAGGCCAUGCUUUUGGCAAGGCCCACGGUGCCUCUAGUACCCCCGUCGGCCCCCCGCCCGAAGGCGCACCCCUCGAGCUGCAGGGCUUUGGCUGGGCUAACAGCUUUGGCACUGGUAAUGCUGACGACACCGUCACGAGCGGACUGGAAGUCAUUUGGUCCAAGACGCCAACGCAAUGGAGCAAUGAUUACCUGACGAGCCUCUUCAAGAACAACUGGACCCUGACUAAGAGCCCUGCCGGUGCUAUUCAGUUCGAGGCACUUCAAAGCGCUGCCGAAUACCCCGACCCCUUUAACAAGACCUUCCGCCGCGCCACCAUGCUGGUGAGCGACCUUGCGCUGCGUGAGGAUCUUGCCUACGGCCCUAUUGCCAAGGCCUGGUCGAAAGACUUCAAGGCCCUUACUACUGCUUUUGCGGCUGCGUGGUUCAAGCUCACCCAUCGCGACAUAGGUCCCAUCACACGCUAUCUCGGCCCUGAAGUGCCUCAGCGUCAAUUUAUCUGGCAGGAUCCCCUCCCCACCAUCAACUACAAGCCCAUCACCGACGAGGACCAGGCCAAGUUGAAGGCCCAGAUUCUUGCAGCACCCGGCGUGACUGUUUCGAGCCUCGUGUCGGCCGCCUGGGGUUCUGCCUCCACCUUCCGAGGCGGCGAUAAGCGCGGCGGCGCCAACGGUGCCCGAAUCGCUCUGCAGCCUCAAGUCUCCUGGGAGGUGAACAAUCCCAAGCAGCUACAAACCGUUCUGGCAGCCUUGACCACAAUCAAGAACGCCUUCAACGGCUCCAACAAGAACGGCAAGCAAGUCUCCCUAGCGGACCUCAUCGUCCUCGGCGGCAACGCCGCCAUUGAGAAGGCCGCCGCCGCCGCCGGCUACAAGAAGGCCAGCGUCCCCUUCACAGUCGGCCGCGUCGAUGCCACGCAGGCCGACACUGACGUCGUCAGCUUCGAGUACCUCAACCCACAAGGGGACGGGUUCCGCAACUUUUGCAAUACCACGGGCUGGGCACGCGCCCGCACGGAGGAGUUCUUAGUCGACAAAGCGCAGCAACUCACGCUGACGGCGCCCGAGAUGACGGUUCUAGUGGGCGGUAUGCGCGCCCUCGGCGCGAACUAUGACGGCUCAAAUAAGGGCGUUCUGACGGCGCGUGUGGGCACACUAACAAAUGACUUUUUUGCGAAUCUGCUAGAUAUCCAGACUGUCUGGACGCCUGACCAAAGUGGCGAGACGUUCACGGGUAAGGAUCGCAAGACGGGGGCGACGAAGUGGACGGCUACGAGAGCGGAUUUGGUGUUUGGAUCGCACGCUGAGCUGAGGGCGAUCGCGGAGACGUAUUCGGAGAAGGGCGGGCAGGAUAUGAUGGUGGAUGACUUUGUGAAGGCGUGGGCGAAGGUUAUGGAUUUGGAUCGGUUUGAUGUCAAGAAAUAAGCCUCGGGAGAGUUGUUGCUGCUAGACCUUGGUGUGUAGUGGUGUAGAUGGUGGUAUAUGUUGCGGGUACCCUUUAGAUAUAAACUAAUUAAUUAGCAAUUGAUUAUAGUUCUCCAAA